AUGGCAGCGAAAUCGCCCAAGCGAGUGUGCAGCCAAAGUCAUCUCGAAGAGCAUGACGGCCUCCGAAAGACCGUGUCCUUUGCUGAGCGCCGCUUUGACCCUAGCAACCUCCCGGCUGACAUGCUCAGGGUCUACACAUCUCUCAAAGACAGGUUUGAUGAGGAGUACGCCAUGUUGUUUGUUUUCAACAUGCAGACGGCGAUGGAAAUGCACCGUGCCUGGAACAUGACCCUCCUGACGUCCAAGACCCUAAAGAAGUGCUCAGAAAUGGUUGGGCUCACGAUGACGUGGGAGCUCGGCGUUAUCAAGUUGAAGUUCUUCAUGGAGGACGGGGAUUUUGAGCUCCAGCGCAAGGUGCCCUACGACUACGAUUCUGAGUUCCAGGACAUGUUCAUGAGAAUCGCUUCUGCCCUGUACAAUGGACACCUUACCGUCCACGAGGCCCUCCUCUUCCAGGAGGAAGCAAAGCAAGGGAAGCACACCGCCAAGACCGGUCUGUUCAUCCGUGACUACCCUGGCAGGCUCAUAGUCUUGCCAGCCAUGUCCUCCACCUGUGCGGUCAUCUUUUUUGGGGGCACGGAGAAGGAGGCAGGAGUUGCGGCCUUGUGCGGCCUGGUAACGGGCCUUAUUGAGUAUGGAUUACUGAGGGUUGGCGGGGAGGCCACCCUGCUGAUUGACCUGGCAGUGGGCUUGGUAACCGGCUUCAUUGGCAGCCUCUUCUAUCGCUUCGAUGGGCAGCAGUACUGCCUUUCCUCGAUCUUCAUGGGUACCUUGUACUGGUUUUUCUAUGGCACUGCAUUUGUUGUAGGACUGGUGGAGAUCUUGGCUGGGGAGCUCGAGACAGGUGUCACGAGGUUCAUGGCCGUGAGCAUCAAAACCUUUGUCCUCUGUGUCAUGGCCUGUUUUGGCAUGAUGCUGGCGGUGCCAAAUCCUGCCGAGGUCUGGGAGGCUCAGUCUGCGAACUGCGCCACCAUUGACCUGAGCGCGCACUGGUGGCGCGUCCCUUUGUACUUGGCGUGCUCAACUGCUGUCCUGGGGCAAUACCGCUUCCGCUUGGAGCAGUUUUGGCGCGGUUUGCUUGUACAGCUCGCUGGCUACGAGACCCAGUUUCAGGUGUCCAGGUACUUUGUUGAACGCAGUGCCAGCGACAAGGACAACCUGGAUGUGAUGGCCUCGAACGUCUGUGGCGCUGCAGCCAGCGUCGUUACAGCGUGCACGCUGUCGGCCAUUAUGGAUUUCGUGAACUCGACUUACUAUGCCCAGCUCCUCCAGCGUGGCGCACACCGGGACGAGACCGACUCGAUGUUGGACGAUGUCGUCUAUGGGUGCAUCUCCGCGAUCGUGAAGUUCUUCAACUGCAUUGGGAUCGGGAGGCAGCAUGACAAGGACAUGGUCGAGCUGGAGAAGAAGAUCUACCAGCAUUCAAAAGAGCUCAAGGAUCCCUCGCAUCCCCGUAGCGAGAUCAGGCUAGAUCCACACGAAGAAGACCUGUUGCUGGACACGAUCGUUUAUGCGGAGUCCAUGAACAUUUGGGCCAUGCUCAUGCCGGCUGUGUACCAGCUCGUGCCUGGCUCAAUGAUCGCCAAAAUGUGGUUCCAGACAAUCAUCCCGCCCAGCGAUCCAUCACUUCAGGAGAAUACGUUUGCUGGCCUCAUGGUCACUUCGAUCUCUCUUGCGCUCGGCUUGAUCAUUGGCGAGGCCAUUGUUCAGAUUUUCAAAGGCUUCGCCAACUUGUUCUGUUGCAAGUCAAAGGACGCGGACAAGGACAAGGUCGACAAAAAGCUUAAGGGUGACGACAUUGCCCACGUCUUCCCCAAGGCCAUGAGCGGGGACCCCGAGACGAUGUCGCAGGACAGCGACUUCAAACUUUAA